UAUGAACCAUGAAAGCAUGAAACAUGUUUAACCAGUAGCCAGAAAUGAAGGAGUUGCCAUGCAUUUGUUCCUGAUGUAUCUUUAUCACACACAUACACUGAGAUCUGCAUUAUCUCCACUUUACAAAUAAGAAAAGAAAAACCUGGGUCACCCACCUUGAGGGGCUAGGUUGUAAAAAAGAUCUAAAGAUACCAAGGCACUGUGUGACAAAGCUGGAGGAAAACUAGAGCUAUGUAGAUUGAGGAUGCAUAAUGAGUGGUGUCUUCCUGGUACUCCAUACCCACCUCAUCUGCUUAGGCUGUAUAUUAUCCAGUUACACCUAUACCCAGAUAAGAACCAGAGGCCACAUAGUUCUAGCCAAGGCUGAUGACUUCAAGAGACUAGCCAGAAAAUAAGUAUAUAGCAACAGACAUAUGUGCUACAUACAGAUUCAUGGUGUGUUGAGUGUGCACGUGCUUUGUGGACAUUGUCACAGGGCAGCAGGGAAAUGCAAAGGUCAUUUCCAUAACAUUUGGUAGAUGCCAUAUGACAUUGAGAUUACCCAGGUACCUAUUCCAACAAGAGUCAACAGCCUCCCCAAUGUUUGGGUGCCAGAAACCUGCUAUGUUAGCAAUAGCACUCUCAUACCCCGGGAUGUCUUAGCUAGGGUUACUAUUGUUGUGAUGAAACAUUAUGACCAAAGCAACUUGGGGAGGAAAGGGUUUAUUUGGCUUAUGCUUACAUAGCACUGUUCAUAUUCAAAGGAAGAAGUCAGGAUGGGAACUCACACAGGGUAGGAACCUGGAGGCAGAAGCUGAUGCAGAGGCCUUGGAGGGGUGCUGCUUACUGACUCGCUCAGCCUGCUUUCUUAGAGAACCCAGGAUCACCAGCCCAAGAGUGGUACCACCUACAAUGAGAAGGCCCUCCUCCAUCAAUUACUAAGAGAAUGCCCUCCAGCCAGAUCAUAUGGAGGCUUUUUCUCAAUUGAGGCUCACUCCUUUCAGAUAACUCUAGCUUGUGUCAAGUUGACAUAAAAUUAGCCAGAACAAGGGAAGAGGCUAAGAAGGAACUAUUGAACUGCAUACAAACACACACCUGGCCCUAGCAGCUGCAGGAACCUAUUUGUUUAUGGCCUUUUCUCAUUUUCAUGGAACAGCUGUGGGCACUCUGACUGCUAAGGCAGGAGGAGGGCUUACACCAAGCAUCAGCAGAAUGGGCAAGGGUCUCUACAGCUUCCAGAAUGCCAGAAGAACAGCUGGGACCCUCAAUGAGUCUGUCCCAGGACCCAGGCAGGUUGGAACACCCAGGAAACUCAGUCCCAACUCUCCCUACCCCAUCUGAAGGUUAGAGCCCUGGCUAAACAGAUGUCUACUGUCAUUGUUGAGAGACCACCUCUGCAGCUCCUGUCUAUUGACAGUACUGCCUCAAAUCAGAAGCCAGAAGAUAAAAGGUGUCUCUGUGCCUUCAAGAAUAGCCCUUGUAUCCGUCCCCGUAAUCCCAGUCAAGGGAAACCCUGGGAUCCUGAAUGCUUCAUCAUCCUCUUUAUAGACUGCUAGGCUGCUCUAGGAAUGAAGGGAGCUGAGGAGCUUGGGCACAGGAAGGCGAUAAGGCCACAGCCAGUGGGCACAGUUGGCUUACUGGGUCACUUUUGGACAGAGAGCAUAUUAAUGAUAGGAAGAUGAGUCCAGUAUACACAAACCAUCAGGUCUGAGCUAUUGAGCAUAUCACCGGAGCCCCUUGGGGCUUGGCAGCCAAGCACAGCAGCAGUUUUGCUAACCAAAUUCUCUGCUCCUUCCCGAUGAACUCAGUAUAUCUGGGGCUCCAGCCCAACACAACCACCUACUGUCUCUGCUGGAAUCUUCUACCUACCAUGCCAGGCCUAGCUAUCCUGAGCCUCAGCCUAGCUGCUCUCCUGGGCCUUGGGACGGGGGCCUCGCUGUGCCUGUCACACCAACUCAAGGCACAAGGGGACUACAUACUGGGUGGGCUAUUUCCUCUGGGCUCACCUGAGGAGGACACCCUCUACCAGAGAACACGACCCAAUGGCAUCUUGUGCACCAGGUUCUCACCGCUUGGUCUGUUCCUGGUCAUGGCUAUGAAAAUGGCUAUAGAGGAGAUCAACAAUGGAUCUGCCUUGCUUCCUGGGCUGCGCCUAGGCUAUGACCUAUUUGACACAUGCUCAGAGCCGGUGGUCACCAUGAAGCCCAGUCUCAUGUUCCUGGCAAAGGUGGGCAGUCGAAGUAUUGCUGCCUACUGCAACUAUACACAGUACCAACCCCGUGUGCUGGCUGUCAUUGGGCCCCACUCAUCAGAACUUGCCCUUAUUACAAGCAAGUUCUUCAGCUUCUUUCUCAUGCCACAGGUCAGCUAUAGCGCCAGCAUGGAUCGGCUAAGCGACCGGGAAACAUUUCCAUCCUUCUUCCGCACGGUGCCCAGUGACCGGGUGCAGCUGGAGGCUAUUGUGACUCUGUUGCAGAGUUUCAGCUGGAACUGGGUGGCUGCCUUAGGGAGUGAUGAUGACUAUGGCCGGGAAGGUCUGAGCAUCUUUUCUGGCCUGGCCAAUGCACGCGGUAUCUGCAUCGCACAUGAGGGCCUGGUGCCGCUGCAGGACACCAGCGGCCAACAGCCUGGCAAGGUAUUGGAUGUGCUACACCAAGUGAACCAAAGCAAUGUGAAAGUGGUGGUGCUGUUUGCCUCCUCCCGUGCUGUCAAAUUCCUUUUUGACUACAGCAUCCGUCAUGGCCUCUCACCCAAGGUAUGGGUGGCUAGUGAGUCCUGGCUGACCUCUGACCUGAUCAUGAAACUAUCCAAUGUUGCCCGUGUGGGCACUGUGCUUGGGUUUCUGCAGCGAGGUGCCCCACUGCCCGAAUUCUCCCAUUAUGUGGAGACCCACCUUGCCCUGGCUGCUGACCCAACAUUCUGUGCCUCAUUGAAAGCUGAGUUGGACCUGGAGGAACAAGUAAUGGGGCAACGCUGUCCACAGUGUGACCACAUCAUGCUGCAGAACCUGUCAUCUGGACUGCUGCAGAACCUAUCGGCUGGGCAGUUGCACCACCAGAUUUUUGCAACCUAUGCAGCUGUGUACAGUGUGGCCCAGGCCCUUCACAACACCCUACAGUGCAAUGUCUCAAGUUGCCCCGUAUCAGAGCCUGUUCAACCCUGGCAGCUCCUGGAGAACAUGUACAACAUGAGUUUCCAUGCUCGAGACUUGACACUGCAAUUUGAUGCUAAAGGGAACGUAGACAUGGAGUAUGACCUGAAGAUGUGGGUGUGGCAGAGCCCUACACCUGCAUUGCACACUGUGGGCACUUUCAAUGGCACCCUUCAGCUGCAGCACUCCAAGAUGUACUGGCCAGAGAACCAAGUGCCAGUGUCCCAGUGCUCCCGACAGUGCAAAGAUGGCCAGGUGCGCAGAGUAAAGGGCUUCCACUCCUGCUGCUAUGACUGUGUGGACUGCAAGGCAGGCAGCUACCGGAAACAUCCAGAUGACUUCAGCUGCACUCAAUGUAACGAGGAUCAGUGGUCCCCAGAGAAAAGCACAGUCUGCUUACCUCGCAAGCCUAGGUUCCUGGCUUGGGGAGAGCCAACUGUGCUGUCACUACUCCUGCUGCUCUGCCUGGUGGUAGGCCUAGCACUGGUCUCCCUGGGCCUCUUUGUCCACCACUGGGACAGUCCUCUUGUUCAGGCCUCAGGUGGGUCACUCUUCUGCUUUGGCCUGGUCUGCCUAGGCUUCUUCUGCCUCAGUGUCCUUCUGUUCCCAGGACAGCCAAGCCUUGCCAGCUGCCUUGCUCAACAGCCAUUGGUUCACCUUCCUCUCACAGGCUGCCUGAGCACACUCUUCCUGCAAGCAGCUGAGAUCUUUGUGGAGUCUGAGCUGCCACUGAGCUGGGCAAACUGGCUAUGUAGCUGCCUUCGGGGACCCUGGGCUUGGCUGGUGGUACUGCUGGCCAUUCUUGUGGAGGCAGCACUAUGUACCUGGUACUUGACAGCUUUCCCACCAAAAGUGAUGACAGACAAGCGGGUGCUGCCCACAGAGGUACUGGAGCACUGCCACAUGCAUUCCUGGGCCAGCCUAGGCUUGGUACACAUCACCAAUGCAAUGUUGGCCUUCCUCUGCUUCCUGGGCACUUUCCUAGUACAGAGCCAGCCUGGUCGCUACAACCGUGCCCGUGGUCUCACCUUUGCCAUGCUAGCUUAUUUCAUCACCUGGGUCUCUUUUGUGCCCCUCCUGGCCAAUGUGCAGGUGGCUUACCAGCCAGCUGUACAGAUGGGUGCCAUUCUGCUCUGUGCUCUGGGCAUCCUGGCCACCUUCUACCUACCCAAGUGCUAUAUACUUCUGUGGCUGCCAAAGCUCAACACCCAGGAGUUCUUCCUGGGAGGGAGCCGCAAGGAAACAGCAGAUGGGAGCAACAGUGGGGGUGGGGGUGAUAACUCAGGGACACAAUAAGUGACCAAUGACCCAAUGACCUCACCUUUAGUGAGCCCAACCCUAGUAGAGACCUUCCAAGCCAACAACCCCAGACAGUACCUCAACCUGAGACUUGAGACACUUAACUAUAAACUGACUCCAAAUUAUCCACUGACCUUAGCCCCAUAGUGACCCACAGGCCCUCAGUGUAAAAGAUGGACUCUAUGAUCCCACCUAUCCCUCAAAGGCAAGAUCAUUCUUGAUCCUGUUAUGCCCCACCUAAGGCCUGCCCAGUGGCCCACAAAGCGUUCUUUGGGACUCCAUAGCCAUAUCCUGAAUUCAGGAAUGUCCUAGGCAGGCCCUAGGAAGCCAGAAGGUACUACUUGCCUGAAUAUACCAAGCCUGGGGCCCUCAGCACCCUGAACAGGCAUCCCAGAAAUAGAAGGCUGGGCAUAUGUACACACUGGGACAAAGCAAGAAAGCCAGCAGGUAGAGGGCACUCAAUAGGUAGGAAACAUCCAGCCUCCUCCCUUUCUGGCCCAAUCUUAGCCUGAGGAGAGAACCAAGUCACUACCAGCACCUUGGACAGAGCAUAAGCAAGGGUACGUGUCAGCACCAUGGCCAGCACCAGACACCCAGGACCCCUACAGUCUGCUCCUAGUACCAAGGACAGAAAAGAUGCCUACAAGACCCCUGUAACUGGCCAGCACCAGGGACAGAGCCACAUGACUAAGUAUCUUCCA